GUCGUUAAUAUUGGAGUUUUUAUUUUGUGUUUUACGCCAAAGCCGAAUGUAUGGACUCUUACCCGUACAAAAGAAAUGAUCUGUCCCACACCAGACCACCACGGAAAAUGGCGACUGUGAAAUAGAUGGAAGACGAAAGUAAGAAAUUAUUCAAUGCAGCGUUUAAUUUUCGCCCUGGCCCCAUCUACACAACUCGGAGGUCAUGGCAGCUGAAAUGUCAUGUCUGACAGGUGUUGAUGAAGAUGACAAAGAUGCAGAAGCUGAGAUCAAUGCCUUCACACUCCUGCAAGAGCCAGUGAGAAUGGCGCAGGAAGCUGCCUCUUGCAUCGAUUCUUUCGGCAAGCCUUCUUUGAAACAAAACAGUGUCCUGGAUGUUCUGUCAAACACGGACAUGCUGUCUCCUGUCGGCCUGGGAAAUGGGCCUUCUUCCCAUCAGGCUACACAAGCUCAUGAACUUAACAGCAUCUCCGCAGAGAAAGAAGAGACAAAAAGCAUCACUCCACUUAAAACUGUGCAGGAAAUUGACACUGCAGGGAUUUGGGGUUUUGACGAAGACUCACCUGAGAACUCGUUGGAUAAUUUCAGUGGUGCCAGUGACCUUCAUUGGGACCCUCACAAAGAGCUCAUGCAGUUUCUCUGGGAAAGCCAUGGUGAUUCUCCUGGUGAGGAGUCUAAAGACGAAGUCUCUGCUGCCAAUAACCGACGAAGAAGGAAACGGAAAAUGGACAUGGUUGUCAUGGUGGAUCCCUCAGAAGACCUUUAUCCUGAUCUGAGCCCCAAGUCAUCUGAGGAAUCUGACACUGGCCAAGAAGAUUCCAUUCCUGUCAACAAAGUCCAAAGGUCAAGGAAGUUCUCAAAGUCACAGUUGUCAACAGAAAAGGUUUCCAGGUAUCCCAAUGGAACUGUGAAGUCUAUCAAAGGCAUUCUCUACAAUGGACCUGCAAGAAAUUCACACAAUAACAGUGUAAGUCACGGGGUUUCACCACUGAAAAGAAGUCUAACAAUAAAUUCCCAUUUAGAGGAGAAGCCAACACAUUACCCUUGCUCAAAAUGUAAGCUCAUUUUCAAGAAAGAGCAUCAUUUACGUCGUCACAUGAAGUCUCAUGUUCGAGUUGACCCUCCUGAUGUCUCGCCAAAGCCUUUCAUAUGUCGCGAAUGUGGACAGUCCUUCAGACAAAGUGGUUCGCUCAUUGAGCACAUGGCUGUCCACCAGGAGAAGAGAAAGAGACUCACUGAAGAGAUCAAAGGCAUGAACGACAAAAAGAAAGAGGAGAGAAAAAAGCUUUUCUGCCCUCAGUGCACAUUUGUUACACACUGCCCAAACACAUUUGUCCAACAUGCAAAGACACACGAGAAGGACAAGAGAAAGUUUAGAUGUGACAAAUGUAGCUUCAGGUCUCUAAGUGAGAAUGAGCUGAGGAGACACAACAUUAUGCAGCACACCGUGAUCACCGUUAAGAAGCAGAUUGAAAAAGAUGACUCUGAAAUGUUCUCCUGUAAUGUUUGUUCUUAUAGAGCACCUAGCAAAACAGUUUUUAAGAAUCACCUUCUGCGGCGCCAUCAACAGACUUUUGAGGAAUACGAAGCUGUGCUACGUAGUGAGAAAACUGCAUCCUCAUCUAAGGAACAGCAUGUGCCUACUUGUAAAACUCCAGUUGAAGAUGCAGAGUUUACAUCUAAAAUCUUGAUCAAAGAUCAGAUCUCCCCUAAAAGAACUUCUUCUCCUAGCGAGUCUAGUGACAUUUCAGACCUGUUCAAAAAUAGCAAGAUAAAGAGAGGUCUCAAGUCCCAACAAACAGAGUCAAAGCUUGACAAGUCUAUCAGUGUUCUUCUGUCCCGACAAAGGAACGGAAAGAAGAACGCAGAACAGAAGAAGGAAAGCAGUAAUUGCACCACAUCUGUUCAGAACUCCAGUAGUGACAAAGAGAGUGCAGGAACAUUGGCUGUAAAAGUUGAAGAACCAGCUUCAACCCAAGUCUGCAAUAGAGUGCCAUCAAGUCCGACAAAAAAUGAUCUUAACUGCAGUAGUGUACCCAACUUGAACGAAGAUCAGUCAACAGUCAAGAAGUCGCCAUCCAAACGGAAAAUGUCAACCCCAUAUCGAAACACCUCUGACCAAGACUCAUGCUUCAUCUUACCAAAACCAAGCCCCAAGAAAACAAACCAAGAAGAUGACGAGUCAGACUUUGACGACAAAGACGUUUUCAAAUUUAGGGACACAGAUGUCGUCUCCAACCGUUUCGACAAAGAUAUCAAGAAAGAAAAACACAUCAUUUAUACAUAUAGCAGAAGAAUGUCUAUGAGGGGUGCCCUGCAAGCAUCGAAAAAGCUGUUUGAGAAAAUAAAGACAGAAGAGCAAGACAAAGAUGACUUUGAAGUCAAAGAAGAAUGCAUAGAAACUGAUGUAUUUCAAGAAAACUUCGAGGAACACCAAAUACCGCUGAGUGAAUCUUUCUCAGAAGAUGUGUCAGACUUGGAUUUGGAACGGAAGAGCUGUCCAUACUGUCCAGCAGUCUUUGAGUCAGGCGUUUCAUUGUCCAACCAUGUCCGAGGGCAUCUGCAUAGGGUUGGACUGAGCUACAAUGCACGCCAUGUAGUGUCUCCUGAGCAGGUAGCUACUCAUGAUAGAAGGCCAAGAAUUCGUCGGAAGAUGUCUGCAAUACGGAAGUUGAAAAAAGCAUUACAGAUGGAAUCGGAUCCUGAUGCUGUCAAGAGCAUUCACUCUUGUCCAUUAUGUGGGGACUCAUUUGAUAACAGGACUGGACAAUCCAACCACAUACGAGGCCACCUCAAGAAGCUUGGUAAAACCUUUUCCAAAAAGAACAAGUCACCCUUAUUUUUACUCCGGGAACUGAUGCGAGACAAGAAGGAGUUCCAGCGGGCACUUCAAAUUCUCGGAAAGAGACGGAACCAUUUCCAAUAUGGUGCCUCACCAAAGCUGUCCAGUGUUGAUUGUUAUAGGCCCAUUGGAUUCCCAAAAAGAAAUUCUAUUCACAGUGUUUGCACUGAAACUGGACCACGGACCCACACAUUUUCCUUAGAGGAAAUGGACUCUGAUGAAGGACAACUAGAGACUAAGCUGGACGUUAAAAAUGCUCUCUCUGGCACUACUGCCUUGAUAGGAAUUCUGAAGAAGAGGAAGUGUCAGGAAGACGGUAGACUAAAGGGGUCCUCUCAGAUGUCAAAAACCAGUUGCGCAGUUCCUUCAAAUGGUGAGCACUGUCCAGGGUCAAGAGUUGCAUCAUCACUGCCAAAGUCAACAUGCGAGAAAGGUGAAUUCAACACAAAGGUGUGUGUCCAUUGCAAUGCAACUUUCCACAGCGGUGUUAGCUUGUCUAAUCACCUGCGGGCAUAUGCAAAACGAAAAAGGAAUGCCUUAGGGGAGGGUGCAACAUUCGAAUGCAAAAUUAGAAGACAACGCUCAAGGCCAGGCCCAAAAAAGAAGACGCAGCCCUUGCCACAAUCUCCAGAGGAAAUGUACAGACUCACCUGCAGGUUCUGUGACCUCGUCUUCCAGGGCCCCCUCUCUGUGCAGGAGGACUGGAUUAAACAUUUACAGAGACACAUAAUGAACACUAGUGUCCCUCACACUGGGCUUAGCAUGGUAGAGGUCACCCCGCUGCCCAGGACCUUCAAGACUGACCAAGACAGCUCUCUGACGGCCACAAACGCUGCCUCAUGAAGCCAACGGGGACCUUUUUAGAUUUCACUAGACUGUAUGUGUAUGUACAUUGGAUGUUGUUUCACUUCUUUUUUUUUAAGUCAAUGAAAUACUGGCCAAAAGUACAAUAUUGCUCAAUGAUGAAGGUAACAUUAGACGUUUGGAAAGGGGAUAAGAUUAAUUAUUUUGGAUAUUGUUACCUUUUUCUGUUUUUACAUGGUUCCAAAUGGACGGACUGUUUAUUCUUGUUUUAUGCAGUAAUGUAGUGUGGAAUCCAUUUCUAAUGAAGACAACUUUUACCUCAGAUUUCUCAUGGUUUAAGUAAGUUUCUGUCAUAAUUCGGGAGCACCUCUCUUCUUUACCAAUUUUCCCAUUUACAUGAAACAAAAUAAUUUUCUUUUGUACUGCAUCAUGUUUAAACCCAGACCUACAGUCUUUUUUUAGGCCACAUAGUGAGGCAAAUGUUUCUGAGUGACGGCUCGUAACAACAACAGGAAUCACGAGAAAAGAGUGAGCUACUAUACGAGAACAAAAAAGAAAAAUGUCUUCAGACUUGUUAUGCAUAGAAAGUGUUUUUAUAGUUUUUCAUUUAAUGCAUUGUUUCUAAUACAAAUACAAAAUCUGAACUGAAAGGGGGUUUAAAAAGAGACCUAACAGGCACAACCAGUGCUGAGGAUGCCCUUCAUACAACAUGUCACCUAUAUUUAAUGUUUAAAUAUACUGUUUUGAGAUAAUUUAAUUUUAAAUGUACUAUAUCACACAGAUACAAUGCUUAAAACAUUUGUGUUGUUCUAAAUAAAAAAGAAACAAGUGGA